GAUUUGUUUAACGUACCCUGAACGCGUCUUAGCUUGUCAGUGCAGUUACUAUAGCAACGUGCCAUAUCCUGGGAUAGCUAACGCUUGCUAAGUGUGAACAGUGUCUUGGACAUGUAGACUUUGUUAUUGUGUCAAAAUGGUAAGUCAAAAUGUCUUGUAUUAGUCACAAUAGUUUGAGCACACUUUUAAUUUGUCAGAAAUGCCGCUCUGUCGAUGUAAAAUACUCAAAAGGGAACCAAUGGCUGAUUGUUUGCUAACGGUUGUACAGCUAACUCAUGUUACCAGUUAGCAUACAGGUACCGCCAACAGAUUGAGUAAAGGUAUUUUAGCAGCUCUGGCAUUUUGGACUAUUUAAAUAAAACAUGAAACAAUUAAACAACAACCGUAAAACAGCAAUACGUGGCAAUAUCAAAGUAAUUAUCCAAUGUGAGAACUGGCUAGCCUAGGUUGAAUUGUUGACUGCUCAACACUGAAAGAAGUUCAUCGUUUCACUCACAGUGAAAUAAGCCUAAUAAAGUGGUGUAAAAUAGGGAUUACAUGUUUGUCUCUAUAUACAUAUAUAUUUUUACAACCAGUAUUUUUGCUGAGUCUUUAGACUGAGGUCAUAUACAGGAGCUAGAUGGUCACUUUGGUUUGAAUAAUGACACAAGUUCCUGAAACCACCGUAACUAGAUUUAUUAAAUCUGGGCUGGAUAUUAAAACGAUAUUCAAGCACGCUCGGGGAAAAAAGUCCCACUAAACCACCAAAUCAACCGCAAUAAAUCAGAGCAGCCACUCCAUUAAAUGUUACUGAGAACCAAAGAGACAGAUUAACUCAAGGAAAUAACUUACUUCAUUGGUGGUCCAUGUCUUUUAAACUGCUAAUCCCUCUUGUUUGAAGAAAUAUAGAUUGUCAGAUCUCUCCUGUUAACUUAAGAUCACGGGUCUCUCUUGUUUCCAGGAUAACUUAUCAAUUGUUUGCACCAUAGCACCAAACUUCAAACAUAAACCACAACGUAAAAAUGAAAGAAAAAAUAUCAUUAUAAAAGCUUGGUUUUCCAUGUAAAAAUGAAAAAUUAUAUAAAUAAAAAAGAAAAACAAAAUCAAUAAAGGCUUAGUUUUCCAAUGUAAAAAUGAAAGAAAAACAUAAAAAUAAAAGCUUAGUUUUCAACAAAAUAAUGCAAGAAAAUAUCAAAAUAAAAGCUGAGUUUUACAACAUAAGAACAAAAGUAAAAUAAUCUAAAUAAAGGCAAGUGUUUAAUCAAAAAAUGAAAAAAAAGGUUAGUUUUCCAACAUAAAAAUAAAAGAAAAAAUAUCAGAAUUAAGGCUUGUUUUUCCAACAUAAAAAUGAAAAAGUAUAUAAAAUGAAAGCUUAGUUUUACAACAUAAAAAAAAAAAAUCACAAUAAAAGCUUAGUUUUACAACAUAAGAAUGAAACAAAAAUAUCAAAAUAAAGGUUAGUGUUCCACCAAAAAAAAGAAAAAAAAUCACAAUAAAUGCUUAGUGUUCCAUCAAAAACAUGGAAGAAAAAAUAUUAAAUAAAAAGCUCGGUUUUCCAAUGUAAAAAUAAAAAAAUGUAUAAAAUAAAGCUUUGUUUAACAACAUCAAAAUGAAAAAAAAUCACAAUAAAAGCUUAGUUUUUAACAUAAGAAUGAAAGAAAAAUAUCACAAUUAAAGCUUAGCGUUCCACCAAAAAAUAUACCACUGCAAUGAUAUAUCGCUUCUUUGUUUGGAGAAAGCUGCUAUCAGUCUAAUGAGUAAUUUCAGCAGCUGCUCAUAAUGUAACAGUAAAAUGUGCCUCCUCACCUCACCACCUGAUAUUUAUAAUAAAUCAUGUCCCAUUUCACUGAGGUAAUUAGGUCUUUUUUUGGCAGCACCUGCAAAAACUCAAGUGUAAAGUUACUGCCAGCACAGGCAAAUAUUAUUGUUUCAGCCUCACUGAUCAUGGAGCUUGUAGCUUUUUUUAAUAGACGUUUGUUUUGUUAAACUGGGUGUUUUUCUCUAAAGCUGUUUUCACAUGUUCAUGGGUUGCUGAUCACAGUAGAUCCUGUUUUAAAUGUUAAUGUUUAUACGUUUUUGUGCAUGAGAACGUAUUUUUGCAUUUUAACUUGAGCCUGUCUAAACCAUUAAGAUGGAAAAAUGAGUAUGAGAAACUAACAUAAAACAAAAACCAAACAGACAUGGUUACUGGAGUCCAUUUCCAAAGAAGGGACUGUACUAUACACUGUAGAUCAAGCAUUUUGAAGUUUUUAUUGCAUUGAGUCCAGAAGCAUUUUGCACUGAUCACAAAUUACCCAUUUCCUCUUCUUUGUACUAAAAAUAUUUCCUCUCAGUCUGAGAUCUUAAGUCAUUUUUUCCAUGAUGCAUACCACAUUUCUCAUCACUUUUUAACCGUCACCGAGGGAUUCAGUUUUUUACCAGUUUCCUAUUAUUGAGUAUUUUAUCCGAUUGUGCUAGCAUGUAAUAUCAUAAUAAUCAGGAGUGAAAGAGAUCUGAAAUGUUCUUUUGACCUGAAAGUACAGCAACAGACAUUUUACACAAGUAGAAAUCAAGCUACUAGUCUGGGAUGCUACUCCAGUAAAAUUGAAAAGCACUUAAUUGGAAAAUAACUUAAAGGAUUUAGAGUAGAGAAUUUGCUUUUAAGCUCAAUGUGGGUAGUGAAGGGAACUUAAAAAGGGAGAUAUGGCCCCCAAAUCAUGUAAAGUAUAAUUUUCCAAGCCAGGUUGCAGGAUGGCAAACAUUGAUCAGCCUCUCUUUAUAUGGCUGGAAAGAUAUGUCUGUUUUGUAAAAGCAAUGUUUUGCCAGGGAUUCAUUGUCAUUGGAUGGAUGAACCUAUUAAUGUAUUUCCAAUUUUACCAGAGUAUUUCUUGUUGUGAUUUUAAUGCGCAUGUUCUCCUUCUCAGAUAUCAGCUGACUGUCAUGCUAUUGAUGGAAAGCUUGUAUCAUUUUCACUCUGUGUUAAUGGAAAAGUCCUCACUUAAAACUACUCAAAAUGUAGAAGCACACCUAAAAGCUAUUGUAUGACAGCAACUCAGACCAAAGUAAUCACUUUCCAUCCCCUACUAAUAUUAUAAUGUUAAUAUGAUGCCAGUUUUUGUUUAAGUCAAAUGCUUGAGCCAGUUGUAGUGCAGUUUUGUUGCCAUUUUAAGUAAGGCUCAUGUGAAUCACCGCUGGUACCUCUACUUAAGCGUAGAUGAUAUAGUAAAACAACCAACCAACCAAACUUUAAGGACGAGCUCAGUAUGUCUGCUUCUUUCUGAUGUGAUUUGCUGUGAAACCACUGCAUCUUUAUUAGCACCCUAAUACCACUCUUUAAAUAGAAAAACCUGCAAUAAUGUAAUGUUUUCAGUAUUAUCGCUUGAUGGUUUUAAUGAGUUUAUGAUUCCUUGUAUUCCUUUAAAGCCUAAUACAGGUUUAUUUUAUGCCUCCUAGUCUUUAUAAGUCGGAUCAAUCUGUUUCUUCCACCAGGAGGAUCGCUUUGCAUUUCUUACUGAGUGGUACGACCCCACUGCUGCUCUCCUGCGGCGCUACCAAUUGUUCUACUAUCCUAAAGAUGGCUCAGUGGAAAUGGUAAUCAAUGACCUUCUCUUAUGGGUUUGAAGGAUGUUGUAAAACUGUUAAAGUUCCUGUUUUUCUCUGAUGAGCCACAUUUGGUAAAAAAUUUUCACCAUGUUUUUAGUGCAAGUUAUACCCUAUAUAUUUUCAGCAGGACUCAUGAUCUGCUUUAGGUGCAUUUACUUGUUUAUUCAAAUCUAUUGACAUGAUUUUUUACUCUUUGUCUGCAGUUUGAUGUGAAAAACCAGCGAAUAUUUUUGAGAAGGACCAAAUAUGAUAAUCUCCAUCCUGAGGAUCUAUUUGUGGGGAAUCGAGUGAAUGUGUUCUCACGGCAGCUGAAUCUGAUCGACUAUGGGGAUCAGUACACGGCUAAUAAGCUGGGCAGCAAAAAAGAAAGGUACCAGGUUUAAAGGUUUAAACUAGGCAAUGAGUGUGUGAGCUACAGUGACGAAUACAUUAUGAUACCGGACGAAUCAGUGAAGUGGUUUUCCAAUCUAUUGCAUGUUAUAGCUUCUUGAAAGGAUUUAUAGAUUUUAUUUAGUACAUAUUAUACUUAAUGAAUAUGCUUUUCAACUGUCAGUUGGACAUAAUUUAAAAAAAAAAUCAUUUUAAAAGAUAAUCUUACAUCUAGUCUUUCUUUUCGUUCCUUUGUAACCCAACAUGCUGAAGUUGAAAGUUGUUAACAAACUUGAGGAUCAUGCCUGGAACAUAGGAUAUAUUGAUCAAGAAAACAAUGAGCUCAGGAGGAAUUAAUUCACAAGUUUCACACAAUAAACGUACCUUUGGUUUUAGUCCUUGCAGUAAAAACAGUAUGCUUUCAGAGAAAUUCAGAAGUCAGCCCUAAACAUUACAGGCAACAUUUAAAUACAUCAGCCCUCAGUCUUUACAGCCACUCUCUGACUGUUCCCAGGAGAUUAAUAUCAAUGAAGUUCUUCUUCUUCUUCUUCUUAAAACUGGUUGUCCCAGAGCUCUCUAAUGCUGAAUUAUCAUAAAACAGAGGUCUGCCAUUAAAUUAUAUCUCUGCAUGAGUACUGUAUAUAAGAAUUUUAUUUGCUGUGCACAAGCUUAGAUUUCUCUUUUACUCUCUUUGUGAAGUGCCUUUGACAUUUUCUGUUGCUUUAUGUGUGCUUUGGAAAUAUUUAUGACCUGACUUGAUUGGAAGUGCUUGUUAUUUUAAGUGUUCCUGUUAUCCUCCCUGAUCUUGGCACGUUGCCUCUUGCUACCUAGCAUGUCAGACUUGAUCAAUUCUGAUAUUUGUCUCUGUGUUGUUACAGAACUCUUGCUUUGAUAAAGCCAGAUGUGGUGACCAAGAUGGGGGACAUUCUUGAAUCAAUUUACUCCUCCAAUCUGAUCGUGACCAAAGCCAAAAUGACAAAGCUCACAUGGUAAGGUCAAAGCCUUUUCAAUCUGUGUGUGGUCUUGUAUCUGACAAACUCUUGUCAAAGAUGGAGAUGCAGGCAGUUUGGUGCCAGUUUUUCUCAUUAUAGCAGAUGGAUGGCUCUGUUUUCUCUCACACACAUUGGGAACAUAUGGCCUGUCGAGUGGCAAAGUGGCAGACAGCCUUUGCAUUUAAUUAACGGUUUUAUCAGGUGCUUAUUCAUCCUGCAGUUUUAUCAUGGUGUCUGUCUCAGUCUCAGAUACAGCACAGAGCUUAGAAUGACUUUUUUCGUGAAGAGCUUUUCAUUAGUCAAGCUUUGGUGAUAAAGUUUCCAGUUUUUUACCCAGUAAUUUUUUUUUUUUUAAUCUCAGACUUUAACUUUUUAUUUGAGAAGGAGUACUCAUUAUUCUAAAACAUGUGACAGAUCAAUCAAGUUUUUAGAUAUGAUGUCAGAAAUACUUAAAUCUCAAGUUCUCCAAGACCCACUUCUCUCUGAAAGACACAAAGACCCUUUCCAAUAAACUAAUAAUAAAAUAAUAGGUGCUUUUGACUUAUAUUAUCAAUCAAUUAAUUCACUGCAAUACUUCACUUCUGAAGAUAAAAUAGACAGAAAAGGAAAAGAUACCUGAACCUGAAACAAAAAACAUAUAAAUCAUUGAAAGUCUUUGUGUCAUUAUGGACUAAAACAACAUAAGAAAAAGGAAACUGUAUAACCAAGCCUCUGCCACCCCAAACGUGGAUGUAUUCACAUAUUUUUGUGAAAAUUAGAUAUAAAAAUACUUGCUACUGUUUUUAACAUACUACACUGUUGUCAUAAGCUUUAUGUGUGUUAUAAGAAAUAUGUCAGACAGGUACAGCUUGCCUAGAGUGCUGCCUUGAUCAUUACACUGUCUUCCUGUUUGUAAAAGUGCAAAUUAAUGAUCUCAUGCAUAAAUGCAUGUCUGUUUUACUUCUGAGUAUCUGGGUAUAUGAGGUGUUCAACUUUCAGGUCUGGUGUGACAGGUGUACUCAGGGAUCUCAGGAUAAAAUUAUAGGGAAAUCAGAGAUAAAAACUUUCUUAUUCCAUUCAGCUGUAAAAUUAAUUACAUAAUUUUUAAUCUUUUACUGGGCCUUUUAGCAGUUUCAGUAAUCUUAUUAAUUAGUUUCUUGUUUUGGAUGAAUUUCUGUUCUUUUAUGUAAAGGGCUUAUAACAGCCAUCUGAACUGUGCUCCAUUCUCCAGGCCUUUCCAUUCACUUAUCAUUUCACUAUUUUUUUCUCAGAAUUGAAACAGGGUGGGGUGGUAUGAUGCUUUUCCACAUUAACCUCAAAAAAUGCAAACUUACAACAUUUGGUGUCCAUACUGGGUGCAUGCAAAGUUACUAAUAAGGAGCUAAACACAUAUUCCUAGAAAAUAUAUAGCUGAAAUAAUGGUAUUUUAAUACACUACUGUGAGAAAUUUUAGCCAUUUUUUGAUCUAAAAAUCACGUAAAGCUAUUGAAGCGGUAACAAAGAGGAAGUAAAGAAUCUGAAAAAAAUACGUAAUACCCCCUCUACAAAAACCUCUUCCCCAGAUUUAGGGAACAAAUUCUUGGGAGAAGUGUUAAAGGUUUUGUCAUUGUUAUGUUGGCUUGUUGUAAUAUUCUGGUUAUCAAAGCUCCUGUGAGGAAGUUUUAGCUGGUAAGACGCAUGAUAUAAUGAAUAAAUGAUACUUCUGCAUGAUCUGCAAAAGCAAAACAGCUUCAUCAGCAAGAUUGAUAGUUUCUAUGCUGUAAUUUGAAAUGCUUAUGACCACUGUUACAAGAUGGCUGUCAGAAGAAAAGAGAGUUUUGUUUUUUUCUAAUGUAAGUACUUGCAGAAUUUCCAUGGCUCAUUGCAGUAAAUCAUACAUUUAAUCCCUUGUCUAAAUUUUCAGUACUUUACAUCAUUUAUCAACAAAGUAAAGCAGGUCUUAGCUGUUUUUGAUUUGGGAAUCAAAUCAUUUGGGUGACACUAGUGGCUCUUGAAGAAAAUGUAUAUUUCCAGUUGUCAAAUGUGAUGUGAACUAAUUUAAACCGACUCUUGUUCUCUGCAUUCAGAUCAGCAUGCAGGCUGUAGCCAUCCAUGUAGCUAUUACUGUUAAUGGUUAGUUGCUGAUGGAGUUGUCCAGGUUUCUACAGACUUCCUUGCUUGGCCUGCAUUUAACAAGGGGAGGAUAGCACUCUACAUCAGCUGUAUGCUUAGCCAGGAAGUGGUAUUUGUGAAUUCACAUUCACUAUGGAAAGUGAAUUCAAAUAACUUCAGUUUUGUUGAGAAAACUCUUUGGCAGGGCUCUGAUGUGGGAUGUGCCAUCAAAAGAUUCAUUUCUUUAUUCAUUUCUGCUCAAAAGUUUGAUUUUACUUGCCACAUAAAAUACUGUUGCAGCAUUGCCUCCUUCUUGCCCACAGGGCAGGCUGAGGGUCACAGUCACAGAAAGUACAUGAACAUAGUGAAUGGUAAAUUUGACAUGUAAUGAUAGCAGGAUUUAUCAUGACGUCAUACAGAUAUAAGACUUGGUGCUUUGUCCACAGGGGGGCACCAAAGUCAAAGCACACCAAAAGUCCAUGACAGGAGCUUUAAAGCUCAUGAGCUGGAAUGAUAUGGAAUUUUUGACACUGCUACAUGCUUAUGAGCUUUGCAACAGACCUAAACCGGAUCUAUUUUAUGAUUAUUGUAAACUAAUUAUGUACAGACAGGACCAUGCAAACGUUAUUCAAAGCUACUUUUGUUGAGUAUGUGACUUUAAUUCUGAUGCUGAUCAUAGUUUGCUCAGUGAUGGAGCAACUGCACUAAACUGGAAAAAUAAAAGUGAUAGUGAAACUUGAGGUUAAUUCAAUCAUGUUGUGCAUUCAUGAUUUGUUAAAAAAUGUCAUAUUUUCUCAUAUCUAAAAACAUUAAAGCCAGUAUCAUUGCAUCUGUAUCAGGGCCAAAUAAACCAAACAUGUUGUCUGAGCUUUACACAUUUGUGUCUGGCCCAGUUAAACUAUGGGAAGAAUUGUCACAGAUAAAAACUGACAAUCUUACAAAUAGUUUCAAUGAUUUUAUUGCAGACUCUCAAGGGCACAAAGAUCAUUAUUGGUUAUGUAUUAUGCUAUCUUUUAUAAUGAAUGAGUAAACAUCCUGAGGUUAAUAGCAGAGUUAUAAAUGAUAGCUGUAAAUGUGUUUAGUACACAGUGUUCAGGCAUCAUAUCUGAGAUAAUGUGGCCACUCAUUAACUUAAUGCUUUGUGGUUUUCUUACAGGAGCCAAGCGGCAGAUUUCUAUGCAGAACAUCAGUCAAAGCCGUUCUUUAAGUGAGUGUCUGUAAAUGAUUCACUGGAUGUGUGCGGCUGUGAGCCAGAGGAGCACAUUUUUUUCUUAUCCAGCCACAUUCAUUAACAGAAACCUGUGCAUAAUGAUUUUUUUGUGACUUUUGAACAGAUUUGACUCAGCUGAUCCACUGCUGGUAAGACUUCGACAUAUAUGGAUGAGUAACUCCGUCUUUGCUCCAUUUUGCAGCAACCUGGUGCAGUUUGUGUCCUCGGGCCCUGUGGUUGCCAUGGAGCUGAUGGGUGAUGAGGCUAUGUCUAUCUGGAGGAGGCUCCUGGGACCUGUGGACUCGGCUGUGGCGCGGAAGGAGGCGCCGCAGAGUGUCCGCGCCCAGUUUGGAACAGAUGGCAUCAAAAAUGUUGGACACGGUUCAGACUCAGUUGCUGCAGCAGCCAGAGUAAGAAUAUGAAGGUCUUCUUGUAGCUCAUUAAUGUUCACAUGUAGCCUUUUACCUGAUACUGCUCGGUCAUUCAAGAAUUAUGAAUAAUAAAGUGUUUGUUUGUUUGUUUCAGGAGCUUGAAUUUUUUUUCCCAUCCACUAUCGGGCACGGUCCAUCUAAUACAGCCCUCUGCACAGACUGCACAUGCUGCAUCAUCAAACCUCAUGCUGUAUCAGAAGGUGGGAUAAACCUAAAACCUAAAACUUAAACCUCUCUGUUUACAGACAUUUAAACCAUCCAUGCAUCAGAGCUGACAACUGACUUCUAGCUACCCUAUAAAGGUCUAUCAUAAACGUAUAAGAUUUCCCUCACUGUCUGUUGUAGAAACAUAAAAUUCAGAAAAACAACAUCUAGAAUGACUUGAAUUCAAUGUCAUCUUAUUGUAUGUCCAGCAGAGUGUCCACCACCUCCAAUAAAGUCCUAAGUUUAUCACACUUUUAUUGCUUUCUCCUGCACAUCCCUCAGACAGUCACAUAAGAGCAGACCGAGGUUGUCAUCAUUGCAGCUCCUGUUAAGAGUCUUUUUUGGCUUUGAUGAAAUGGACUGAAAUUCAUAUAAAUGCCUUCUUAUGAUAUAUAAGUGCAAACAAGUCCAUCAGAGACAAGAUUGAUGGACUUGUUUACUGGCCUGAAACCCAGUGCCAGGGGGUGGGUGUGCGUGGAGCAGCUUACAGAAAAUACAAAAGAAAGUAAGAGCAAAGUAAAAAUAAAAUCCUGUGAAAAUUUUAAAGCUGUUUUAAUCUUAAAGCAGAUUGUAAUUUGUACUCAGAAUUGUUGAUAAUGUAAAAUAAUCUCAAAAAAUCUUGAACAUGGACAGUUGUUUGAGGAGAAGCCCUGUGAAAAAUCAGUGAUCAGUAAACAUAAAAAGGCCCUACUUUUAUCCCAGCUCAAAAUUCACUCACUCAGCUGUCAUAUCAGUGAGUGAUGGGUGUGAUGGCUCUUGAAUUGAUCUUGGUUUUGGUCUCAAAACCCAGUAUUUGUUGUGAUUUAUAGCCUAUUGUAUCUGAGUCCUUUACUAUCUGUUGACAGGUUGAUAAAUCGUGCUGUUUCCCUGACUAGUUUAAUUGUUUCUCUCCUUCACUUUAACCCCUCAUGUGUUUGUGUCACAUAGAGGCAUAACAUGGUUACUGAAUGUGGCUCUGGAUUUUUCCAAAUCCCUGCUCUGAUCCCUCUUCAUGGAGCAUGCCUCCAGAGCUCUGACCUGUGAAAUGUGAAAUUCUCUGGACAGAGCUGUACGCACAGGGACUGUUGACUAAAGAGAGUCCUGUACUUGAUGUUCUGGACAGAUAAGACCAAACGCUGCUCAUUGGGAUAAACAUGAACACCCUGGCCCACUAAAUUAUCUUGAUUGCCGGUAUUAUUUUCAAUACUUAUCCUACAUUAUCUGAUUCAGUCUGUGUCUGGCUUCUUUGGACAGACUGGUAGACUAGUGCAAAUUUUCUAGUCUUGCCUUGCUAAUUUGUUAAACAAAGAUAGCAGUUUACAUCAGCAUUGGGUAGCAGAGGCGGCUGUUGUCACCAUGACAGCGCCAUUUGUUUUCUUGACCUCAUUUUGAUGCCACAAGUUUGGUGUUUUGACUGUGGAUUUCUUGGUCUUAUCUACUUCAUUAUUUGUAGUCAUGAGAGUGGAUGGGAUGUGAUCCUGGGGGACGGCUCAUUGUGUCAUAAUUAGUCAGUCUAAGUCAGCGCUUCUCUAAAGCACAUGCUGUUUUGUUGACUGUCAUCUGGACUCAGGAUUGAAAUUUCAGGUUUAAACUACACCUGAAAAGUUGUAAUUUAGACGAUCAACCCUCUAGGAAAUUAAAAAGGUAUCUACAACCCUAUGAAGCUUUGGGGAUUUCUCUGUGCUGCAAAAGAUUCACAGUUUUGACAUUUUAAACACAGUGACAUCUGGUGGCUUUUAAACUUAUAGCAGCUGUCUUAACGACUGUAUGAAGCAACACUUCACCUCAUUGAUAUCCACAGUUUUGGUCUAAAGAAGCCUGUGUACCGUGAAAUGAAACUAUCUGCACACUUAUUUUCCAGUGUACUGCAGUGUUUGGUGGCAUUUAGCAGAACAGUCUUUGCAAAAGUGUUAUUAAAUAUUUACAAGUAUGUUUCAAUUAGUUCAUACUCACCUGGAUAUAAAACUCAGUGAGUAUUUGUUAUUUACAACAAGCUUUUAUAAAGCAGGUCCCCGUUCUUGGGGGCUGCCAUUUUGCACUGCCAUGUCUCUACAGUACCUCAAAAUGGACAAACUAAUGACAUGCAGGUUUUUGUAUUUAGUGUUUUAGUAAGCGGAAACACAGCAGUCAAAAGACAAUGGUUGUGUGCAAAAGAAUUUAUUGGGACACAAGCAUCACAGGAGCUUCUUGUUCUUAAAGGCCAGUAUUGCUCUGAUAGGAGGAGUGAGCAAAGGAGCAUUUCAAUCUAGGUUCUGAUCAUUAUAUUUUACAUAAAUAGUUCCAUUCCUACACACUGUACCCUUAAUAUCUAUACUGUUGCAGUUAGUUAUAACCUUGUGUUGUCACAAAGCCUCAAUAUGUAGUAUUUUUGUUAAGUAUCUUUGUUGUAGUUGUUUGGUAAAAUAGUUUUGCACUUCUGCUCUUUUCUUGUCUUUGAGACCACUCAACACCACAAUUACCUUGUCAUGCUACAUUCAUUCACUGAUGUCAGAGGAUGCAGCAGUAGGGACCGUCAGUAUUCAUUUGCUUUCACACACUCUGGAUUUUGUCACAGGGAGUUCUCUUUCCCAGUGACACUUAAGCAUGUGACUGCAGGAGCUGUGAUCACACCACUAAUUUUGCAACUGAGAGGAUAGGAUAAAUGUUUUAUUAAUCCCUUGUGGGGAUGUAAUUCCUUGUGUGAAAUUGCACUAUAACAGCUGCUAUUAUAGAAAGACACAUCACCAAACAACGGACGUCAGAUAUUUAGUCGCGUAAAAAUCAUUCAAAAAUGUAAAAACAAGACAUAAAAGUUUACAGGGAAAGAUCUGAGACAGACAAGUACAAUGAGAGAAAUAUCCAAUUCACCAAAGUACACAAUGUUCAAGUUUUCUAGAAUGAAAUGUGUGUAAGUAAAGGAGAGGGAGGUGACUCAGUCAUGAUGUGAUGGAGUAAAGAUGUUAAAGACUGAUCGGACAGUACAUUAAAUCAAGUGAUUACUUAAGAAAAGCAAUACUUGGUAUCGGGUAGAAAUCAAUUAAGUUUAAGGGGUGAGGAUGCCUGUUUUUAAAAAGAAGUCUCCCUUUCUCAUAGAGGUGACAAUCCCACUGAUACUGUAGAAAUGCUGUAAAACUCUCUCAAAUCUUAAACUAACUGAGGCACUUUUUGACACAUCAAAAGCUUCAAAUGUCACUAGUCACAUGAUGUUUCAUGAUCAAUACAGGCUCUUUAACUUUUAUUAAGACAGUGUGGUUAUUUUUAAGUUAUUUAAACUUUUGAAAUUCAGUAUCAUUUCCCCAUCAAUGAUUAAAAAUUUAGGUAUCAGCCAUAUUUAUGCAACCAGUGUGGUUACUAGGAAAAGUGUAGGGAUAAAGCACUUGAAAACUGGCUAUAUUUUGAAACCUGGAUGUGACCUGUGAUUUUUCGACACAUUGUGUGGCUCACACACAGCUUCACUGUGUUGUUUGCAUGGCUGCUGCUUAGUCGUAUUGAAAAACAGUUUCUUACAUAACAUAAUGGACCUCUACCAAAUUUCAGGGAUCAGAAUGAGCUGAGAGAGCUUGUAUACUUGUGGGCAGAGAUGACAUAGUGAUUGAGAGAUUCUUGCCAGCUGUGGUUUCUCAAAGGGAAAAAUGAAGCAACACGCAGGAUGGUAAACGUGUGGGAUUAUUUUGCUCCUGCCUUUCUUAUCGGGACAUUUGAAAUGGUCGAAAUAGCAUUCAUAUAUAAUACCUGUGUGAAAGGAAGGUGUGUCAGGACCCUGGGUUAGUGCAUGCUGCUUUCUUUUAUAACUUGUCACCACACCUUGAUGAGAUGUAGCCAUCGUUGAUGUUGUUGCUGGAGCUACACGUGAGCUUUUUCCUGCUACAACAGGUUGAAGUUUCUGCCGUGAGAAUGCUCUAUGAGAGAAGGCUCAUUAAAAAAAAUCUAUGUUGGUUUGGGCAUGUUUGGAUUUGCUGCAGGGAGGAUUUGAGCAACUCUUUGACUCGCAGUCAUGUGUAGAAUGAAAUUCCUCCAAAACAUCUGUGCCAAGUCAUGAUCAUUUUAACUUCAACAGAUUAUUAGUGUUGAAUAUUAUUUCUCCUCAGUAGUUCUCCUUCAGUCUACAUUUCUGCCCGCUGACUCAUACAGCUGCUUGUUUCACGUAAUUCGACUUUCAUUGCACUUUCAGGUAAAACAAAUAUUGUGACAUUGCCAGAAAGGGCCGUAUCUGAGUUUUUGUGACCGAACAAAAUCAGCUUACAGACCUCUCUGUGCUUUCUCUGGUUUUGGCAGCUUUGUGUAAAUAGUUUUGCUUGCAACAUAUAACACAUUGCAACACAUUAUUUAAAGCUUGCAGGGAUUUCUAAAAGGAGUGAAAGAAUAUACCAGUGCACCCUUGGAUUGGACUCAUUUGUGUUCAUAGUUUAUAUUUAAUAAGUAUUUUUGUGUAGUCUUUUGGGGGCUUUUUCAUGCAUUGAUUGAAAGAGAUUGGACUGUGGCAGGAUUGGAGAGGAAAGGAGAGGGUAGGGAAUAACAUGUGGCAAAGAACUGAGGGUGGGAAGUGAACACAGGGGGCAUUGGGAGCUGUAGUUCCUGUGCAAAGGGCGUGGGAUUUUUACUGCUGAGCCAAAGAGACGCUCUCAAAGAGACAUAAUUUUUGCAGAUAUAUUUUUGCCCAUUCUGAAUGGUUUACUCUAUAUUUUCUACAUAUUGUAUAUUCAUUUAAGGACUUUUUUUCUCGCAGAAAGAGGUGAAAAUUAUUGCUCUGCUAAAACUGCACACAGUGUUGCAACGAGUGAUGUAAAAAAAACUGUGAUAAAUUCAAAUACAGGUUGCAGUGGGCUCAAUGGCUUUGAACAGUGAACUUUUUCACUCAGGUUAUAUUCUUGCAGUGGAAGGUGCUUUCAAUUGAGACAGCUUCCUACAGUUGAAGAAAAUAAAGCAUCAUAUCAGUUUUCUUAUAGUACCAUACAAUAGAGCUUUACCCUGUGGUGUCACUUUGCAAAACAAAACCAUUAUUAGUAUUCCUAUCUAUAUCAUUAUGUGUAUUACAGAAACAAUCAGUUGGAAUAACUCAUAAUGUGGGUUUGUGAGAACACACCAACAGGCUGUUAAUGGAAGCAGGAUUAUUCAAACUUCACAACUUGGUGGAGCCAAAGUUACUUGUAGUUAGGGCUAGGUGAUAAAACGAAAAUGAUAUAAAAAAUUGAUUUCCCUCAAUAUUGAUAUGAAACAUGGUCAAUUUGCUUUUCGAUAGUCGGCAUUCUGCCAUGUUUUGGUAGACUAUCCAAAAAGCCAAUGAAAAGGGGAGUUACUCUGAGUCCGCCCUGCACUGAGCCAAUCAUGUGCUGAAUUAGAAUCAAGUAACAAACAACUGUGUAGUAGCAGACUGCAGCUACACAUAGCCAAAGCACUUUAACAGGUGAAGCCGACAGCACUGUUGAUGAGAAAAAAAGAAAAUGAGUGCUACCCCAGCAGAAAUGCAGAUGAAGGCUCAACAGAUAACAUGCUACUAAUAAGCACUGUUAAAAUUAAUUUAAGAGUAACGGAGAACAUUUAAGAUUGAUAAGUGAUUUUUUUUUUUUUAACCGUGAUAUAUAUCGAUAUCAACUGAUAUGAAAAAACUGUAUAAUGAUACACUUUUUCCCAUAUCCCCCAGCCCUACUUAUAGUUUUGUUCAAGGUAAAAAGCAGAUCAUGGCCUGAAUUUGACAGAAAUGGUUAGUUUUUGUUCAAAGGAUGAGACACAUUUGGAGGGAGUGUGUGGUGACUGGCACAGGGGAGUAAGUCAACUGCCAACAUUUUCAGCAGAAAAAACACACUUCCCUCUGUCUCACAUGGCAUUCACAGGGAACCCAAGAGCAGGAAAUGCUGUCUUCUAUACCUCCAUAUACACAUGUUAUAAUUUUGUUAACAAUAUCAGCUCUUGCUGUAGCAACUUACUGUCACAUCUUGUUGACCAUGAACUCUGUGUGUUGCAGUGACAACUGGGUGCUAUUCUUCCCCACAGAGAAGAUUAGAGCAAUUUUAGAGAAUACCCACAUUCAGUCCUUUUUUUUAAGUUUGCAGGAGCUUUGAGUAUCUAGCUUCAAGGCAAACAUCUGCCAGACUCAGUUCAAUAUUUUAUAAGGACAGUCUUGGAGAGAAAGUCCUUCAGUAUUCUUUAAAAUCUUGAAUGUAAAGUCAAUGAAAGAAAAACGUCAUGCUUAUUUGGACUUGACUUUCCUGACUGUAAGAAUGUGACUUUGCAUGGUUUAAAGGGUCGUGGGUUGUUUGAAUUAAAGCUAUGUCACUGUUUUAAUGUGACAACACAAUAUUUAUCUUCAAACAUGAGGGGGAACCUUUCCUCUGAGCUAUAAAUAGCAUCCAAGUCUGAUUGGUUUGGACUAACUGAGCCCAAGGUGGAAAUGUCAGUCCAAUGCUGCUUUGAUUUCCAUCCAGCAUCAUGUAUGAUGCCAAAUUACGCUGCACCUACGUGUGCUGCUCACAGCCAAUCAGUGACAUGACAAAGGACGUAGUGACUGAAAAUGUGCUCAGACAUGACUGGAAUAGAGAAGCUUCUGUUGCCAGGCACCCAGAACAGGAUCUCCUAGCAACAGCACCAGCUGCUUUUUGGAGCUGUGUUGAGUGCGCACCUAUCGGAGGCAGACUGCUGCCUGGGGAGGUAACAGAGGACUCAGGAGGUGGUUACUUACCUAAUGCACACGCAGUUGAGCUGAGACUGAACAAUUACACAAAUGAGAGACAUCAUCUCUAGCUGUUGCACGGAGUACAAACUGUACCGCACUAUUUCCUACAGCUGCAUUAAGAAUAAGUGGAGAAUGAAGAGCUGUGGUAUCCUGCCACACGGCGAGCACAGGACAGGCUACUUUUUUAUCAGGAUGGCAGACCGAGAUUAUUAGACUGGCGCCCUCUUUCAAUUACGUGUGUCUGAAACAGUCUGACCUUCACUGUCACUGGUGCACCUUCAUCACUGUGGCUCAAACAUUUCUGCAGUAACAUACAGCUGCAGUGACAGAAGCUGCAGCUCAGUAUCUCAUGCUCUGAAGUGUUGAUUGUGAGGACAAAAAUAAUGUCUCCUCUGUUUGCAUAGGCGGGACAUGUGAAAGACAAUCUCAGUGUUCACUCACCCAAGGAGACGCUACAAUCUGAGGUUAUUUCAACACAUAGCAUUUACGGAAGAACAGAGGAUGGGCUGUCUGAGUGUCUGCAGACAAUAUCUGUAUGUUUUUUUAAUCAGCCUCUUGAGCACAGCCACUGGUUUUUAGGAUUAUUUCAAGAUGCCAUUAACCUGCCUGAUUAAUCAGCUCAACCAAUUAAUCAGUCUGUCUCUAAAGGAGAAAAUAAGCAUGAUAAAUAACUUUUAGUAACCAUUUUCAUAUGUAGAGACCUACAGUUAAACAAAGUCACCAUGGUGAUCGACCAUGGUAAGAAGUCAUCCUCCUCUGUUGUACUGAAAACCUGGAGUUUACACUGAAUUCACCUUGACAACUGAAAAUCCUACCUUGUAGUGAUCCCCUCACCUCUGCUGCUACUGCACAGAUUGCAGGACAGGAUGUUGCUCCACUUUUCUCUAACAGGGAUGUUUGUCUGUCAUUAUUCCCCACACUCAAGACCAGCCUGAGACAGAAGUUCAGAUUUUUCCCACAGUGUCAUCAGACAGAGGUUCAAUGUGCCGAAACCUUUUUAAAUCUGACAUGAGUGAUCUGAUUGUUGCUGUCAUUGUUUUUGAGGUUUAGAAUUCAUCAUCAUCGUUUUGAGGUUUGGACCAAUCAAGAUCUGGGUAAUAACUGCUUAGUCAACACUACUCUCGGCACUGUCUGCUGCACAUAAAGCAGUAAGCAGAUGGUGGUGCAUACAAAAAUUCGUGAACCAUUUUUUAAUGCAAAUUUGAUAAAAGAAGAAAAAAAUACCUCUUGGUUUACAGAUGAAGCCAAAGUGAAAGUUUUUUGCACCGAACAUGUAAAUCCUUAAUGUCGAGCUGCUCCAAUAUUUACUGUAGGUAGUCCAUCUACUGUAUAAACAAGCCAUCUUCUCACCUGUUUCAUAACCUCGUGAACAUUUUCCUUAAGGGUCGGUAGUUUUAAUUCUUUGAUGUAUCUCUAUGUUCAUUUUGUAAAAUCUGACUCAGCUCAGAAUUCAAACUAAUUGGUAAAGGAUUGGAUGUUUCUAAAACGUGGUUGUUGUGGCUCACAUAGCUUCCCCUUAUGUAAGGUCAUCUAUAACAAUAGGCUAACAUAGUCAUUAUUUGUUUAAUUUAUUUAAGACAGCAGUCUUUCACAGUUAUACUGUAUCUAUAUCAUACUGAUAUAGUAAGUGCGUCACCCAUUAUCUAUUCAAACGGUCUCUCCCUGUCAGUUAGCCUCACAAACCUAAUAUCUACCACAUUUAAAGUUAGUCUGUUUCCAAAAACCUGAUAGAUAUGAACAAUCUUCUGUUCACAGGUCUGACAGGGAAGAUCCUGAACUCCAUAUCCGCAGCUGGAUUUGAAAUCUCUGCUCUUCAAAUGGUAAGAAUUUUCCAUUUGUUUCCUUUAUAACUUUUAGAGUUUAUCAUACACAAAAAGAGUUUAAAUUGAGGCUAUUGUAUUUUCUCCAUGCUUACAUGAGUUGUGCACAUGGAUUAGUGUGGUCAUGAAACUGUACCGUAGAUCUUAGCUUUACUCAUGUAACCAAUACAUGCACUAUAUCGACUUACUCUAAUCCAAUUUGACCUCAUAUUUGGAGUCAGCGUCACAGCUGCAGACAGUGACCUCUUCUAAUCCAUUUGUUUUGCCGCAUGAGACUUGCAUUCUGGGUAGUGGGAAAAAAUCAAUCAAUAGGGAUUUUAUCACAAAAGCCACAUACUGAGAGUAGCUCAUUUAUGGGAACAGGGUAUGUGCAUGUUAGUUAACCAUGCUCUUCUUUUGUUCAUGAUAUUUUGUCAGACCUUUUAUAAUCUUACAUUAGUCUGUCAUUUUUUUAUGAUUGUAAGAAAUUGCUGUCAUAAUUUAAAGCAAAUACAACAAGUGCUUUAACGUAUUUCAUAAACUUAAUUUCAUUAUGUGCAUGAUUUUUAUAACAAGUUUUUUCUUCCACAGUUCAAUGUUGAUCGGGCCAACGCAGAAGAGUUCUAUGAGGUUUACAAGGGUGUUGUCACAGAGUAUCCUGUGAGUAUAAACAUGAGUGUGUUUUGCCAUCAGAGCCAGUAUCUGCAUCAACGCUCUGCCAGUUGUUACUUUAGAAGAUAAAAACAAAAAGACGCUCUGAUCUUUUGUGGAAAUCUACAACAGUGUCAGACUCUUGCAGAUUAUGUUCAUAACCAUGUGUUUGGAGUUGAGUGGCUCUAUAAUACUAUUCUCAGAUGAACUUUAUAUUUGGGUUUUAAAAAAGCGAUGUUUCCACUCUCUUCCUACAGAGUAUGGUGACUGAGUUGUGCUCUGGACCCUGCAUGGUUCUGGAAAUCCACGGUACUGAUGCGCCAAAGUCAUUCAGGGAAUUCUGUGGGCCUGCAGAUCCAGUGAGUCAAAUGUUAUGAGAUAAUUUAUUGGUCUUUUCCCACAAUAUAUUCAGUACUAGCAACCAACAAGAGAAGAAAAAUGCCAAACAUUGGGCGCAGAGUGAUAGAAAAUUAGUUUACCAUCAGUGAAUGAUUAUCCAUCCAUUUUCCUCCUGUCUGAAAAAUACCAAACAAAAGUUCAGAGAAAAUUUCUGCAACACAAAAUGGCUGUUUGUGAUCUCAGACCAGGAUCCAUCUGCAGAGUGAAAAGUCAUUAACAUGGCAGCUUGAAGCCCCCCCUUCCCUUUUUGUAAAGGAACUGACCUCAUUUUUUAGCUUCAAGCUCUGCGUAGUUUAACUCUCAUAAAAGUAAUUCACACCUGCUGUUUUAAAAGAGUCUUUAUCAGAUGAAAUACACUGAGGGUGGAAAAGACAAUAUUGUUUGAGCAAGUGGCUAGUGUACAUCAUAAAGGUUUUGUGGUUUAUGUGAUUAGAUAAGAGGAGGCACAUGAAAUAAACCUGUGUGUGUGUGUGUGUGUGUGUGUGUGUGUGUGUGUGUGUGUGUGUGUGUGUGUGUGUGUGUGUGUUUGUGUGUGAGAGAAAAAGAAAAAGACAUGGGUGUUAUGGAACCAGUGCUGCAGGGCUUAGCUGGAGCGUGAUCUGAAAUCUAAUCACUGUUUGGUUACCAUAAAAAUGAGGGUCUACACAACUGCACAGUAACAGCAGAUCAGCCACUGGUCAUGACUCAGCUCUGGAGUGUCAAAAAGAUAAUUCAGCGUUUUCCAUUUAGCUUGUCUCUGUUGCUAAGAAACUCAGUUGUUAUGACGCUUUUCUCACCAUGAAGGUUUCUGUCAGCACGUUACUAACUUAACAGCCACAGAGCAGAAAAAGGGGUUAGUUAAUUGGCUAAUGAUUUCCAGGUCACAUGACACACCACCACUGCUCAGUGACGCCAAAAUAAUUAAGCCUCUGCAGCAGAAAAGAGUUUCCCGCUCUCUAGAUCGGUCUCUAGUUUGAUUUAUUACCACUGAUAGUAACAUUUACAUAAAAGACCCUCUGUGCAUGUCUUUGUAAUAUUAUCCUCUACUAAUGUUAAUGUUUUUUUGUCUUUGUGAAAUCAGUGUCAGAGCUUUCUUUGCAAAACUCCUCUUAAUGUGCACAGAAUCAGACUUAUCACUUCACAAAGACAUCAGAGUGAAAAGUAUGAUCAAUGAAAUAUACACAUACUGAAAGUUUGAUCAAAUUGAUGAUAUUUCAAAUUUAGUUGAGUAAGUAGCCUAGAUCCUUUUAAUGGCUACUGACAUAUUGCUGUAAAGCUCUAAUAAUGCGGUGCUGCCAGACUAACUCAUCUUCAUACCAUUUUUGUGGGGUGGCAUUAGCGACAAUCGCACAUGAAAGUGCUUCUCGAAGUGAUUGAACUGAUCGACAAUCAGUUAGAUUAACAAGACAUGUGAAAAAGAGCAUAGCAACAGUAUUGUGAACAGACAGCAGAAAGAAAUGUACUUUUCUUACCAAUGAAUGUUGUAUGUGCAGUUUAUCAAUGAAUAAUCAUCAUCCGGUUCAUUUAAAAACAGCCACCAUUGUGGAUUCAACAGACCCUCCUGAGGAUGCUAUCUCGGUAGUUUGCAAACAAAUGGUGCUCCUGUGUUGUCAUCUUAAACAAGGUAUAUCCAACAGCAGGGGGAAACAUUUGCUUGCAUCAGACCCAGAUGCAAGCAAAAGUGAAUAUGAGCUGGCUGAUGGGUCUGGCAAAGCCGGGAAACACCCUACUACCUGGAUGCAAACAAGCAGAGAUGACAGACGACAUCUUGUAGUGUGGUGUGAUUUGGAACUGUUUUGGUCUAGAAGAUGAAGUUUUGUAGUUGUAUGUUGUAUGUUACACACACUGGCCCUCAUUUAUCAAGCUUGUGUGCGGCAGAAAACUUGCGUACACCUUGUGUACGAAAAUUUUGAUGUGAGGAUCGGCAUUUAUCAAUCUGCACAUGAGCGUACACUGCGACCAAAUCUCACGACAGGUCUGACAUCGUGUACGCAAGUUUGAGUCAGUGUGGAUCUGCGGUGCAGCAAAUGUCUGUCUCAAAAUAAUUGAUAUUCAAACCUCAAACCUGUCAUUAAGCACAAUCAGCCAGAUUUCAUUAAAGAUUCAGGCGUAAAUAAAAUAAAAUAAAAUAAAAUAGUUAUGUCCUUAGUGAAUAGGCCUAUUUGAUAACUCUGCCCAGAAACACUGCCACUGUGGAGCGCUGCAUUUGACUCCUAAAAGGCAGGUAGCUCUGUCUUGGCCCAGCUGCAGGGACGUUGUUGUACAAUCCUGAAAGGGUGUGGGACAUCAUUUGGGCCAGUACAGUUAGGCACAAUGUUGCUCUGGCGAAUGGAGUGCCGUUGGCUGUGCCGGUGCAACGUGAGGACCCGAUGCCCGGAGAACAAUAAUGAGGAGAGACUCCACGAUGGUGCUGUACAGAGGAGACAGGACCUUAUCGAUGGAUUCUGAUGUAAAGUAUAAGUUUAGAAAGUGCUUUUGCUAUUCAAUCAGUGAUAAAAAUCCACCAUCCACCAUAAUCCUGCUCCAGACAGGAGUUUUCUGGACUGCUUUUAUACCAGUUUUGAUGCUUCCAAAGAGAAAAUCCUUGUUAGUCUCCACCACAGACGCGAGGACAUCCACUCCUGGAAAAGUUUCGAAUCUUUCUGAUAUUUCUCCUCUUUCAUGUUUGACCUCAGUGGGCGGGGCUUCUGUAACAUGAAUAUUUAAGGGCAUAACAUGUUAAUGACAAUCGAUUUCAGCCGCCGCAUUUAUCAAGACCCGAUCAUACGUACGCUGGGAUUGGUCAGAUACUAACCCUUUCAUAAAUCUCACGUGUGUCCUAUAGUACGAUGAAACCUGCGCUCAGAUCUGCGCAAGAUUGAUAAAUGAGGGCCAUAGACUGUAUAUACUAUGGACAAGUGACUCCAUCUUGCAUCAUUAUACAAAUUUGAAGCCGAAUUGCUGUCGGUAUUCCCGGGAUUUUCUCUACUUCCCUAAACCACCACUUGCACAGUUGCGUUGUACAUAUGCGGCGGAAGAGUCGCUGUGAUGGUGUUCGACUCAAACAGCGUAUCCCCCAGGUGAGCUACGCAAUCUUUGUACGCCCAUAGGCUGUAUCGAGUGUCAAUCAUAGAAAACAUGAACCCCCUAAUAACUUUUAAAAAUUGAGGUGCACAGAAAAAAAAGGACUUGAGCACAAACCAGUCUUACUGUAACUACAUGUCAACAUCGCAACCAAAGGGGGAGAAAAAUGUAUAUGCUGUGUAAUAAAUACAGUUUGUUCACAACUCCACUAAGUUUGCUGGAGGAGGCGGGAUUUAUUACCUAUGCUUAAGCCUAUCCCCAGAGGGUGCUGUUCUCACGGUGGCUUCACCCAGUGAGGAGGCAGACGGCAUCCAUUCUAUAUACAGUCUAUGGUUACACAUCAGAGUGAUGUGAAACCGUGUGGACGUCAAUCUUAUAGGGGAACUGCAGGGUGGUGGUGCUAGCUCUGCUAUCAUUAGCCACUUUUGGCAGAGCAAUGUGAAAUCUUUAUCAGCAGAAUUUCUGAUUCCAUGUUGAAUGGAGCUGCUGUACUGCUUUCCUUGUUGUCACCCUUCUUUGGACUCCACCAGUCUCUGUGACCUCUGACUUCUUUAGGCUUCACUGACUGAACCGGAGGUCACAGAGUUUCAUCUCUCCCUGACCUCAGACUCACCUCAGCAUUUUCUGUCUGAUAAUCUAAACAGCUCCACUCCCUCUUUUCAGAGCAGGUCAGUCAUUUGAUACUUAAGAUAAAUCAAAAGCCACAGCAGUAGUAUAACAUCAAAGAAUAAAGUGUUAGAUAAGUCACUGUGUUUAAGAGUUGCUGAUAAGUUCACAGUGUGUGUGUGUGUGUGUGUGUCAGUGUAACAUUGUUCUGCUGGGUAUCAGAGUACAGUACAUUUGGUUGUCAGAUGUACAGUGUUAAGACAUUCCAGACAUCAUUAUCGAGCCGUCAGAGCGGACAUAGUGAAGGCAGACUCUAUGAAGAGGUCGGAGCAUCUAUUAAUAGUUAAAGGCCAGUUAUUUGUGGUGAGAAGAGUCUAUUGAUUAAUUCCAGCUGCCUACAAACUAAUCCAUAAACAGCACAGGUCUCUGUGUGUGUAAACACAUGACUGGGGAGCAGGAUUAAGUGACUUCAAACACUCUUAAUCAUAUUAGACACUUUGGACUCCUUUAACUAGGCGUCGUAUAUCUGUCCAUAAAGCAUCCUCAUGCAUUCACACCUCUGCACCCUCAGCUGCCUCACAUUGCGCUCUCUCAGUCAUGAGAUUGUACUCUGUCUCAUGAUGUGUCCUGAUAUCGCAGUGGACACACACACAGCGGCCAGUCUUGACCACUGACAGGCUCUAAACUCUCUACCCUCUCACACAGGGUUUUUGUACAAUUUAUUGCACAUUUAUCCAAACUCUUGAAUGACUUUUAACUCCCACAUUGGGUUUCAAAUUAAUACAUUUCUUUCAGUUCCUUUUUUUGUGUUUUUAUCAUCUUGUUGCAAAUAAAUUAUUGCAGAGUUCAUCACAGGAGCUUUAAUAUCUUGUAAACUUCUCACUGUACCCUCGCUUAAAAGAGAGUAACAAAUGUAAAGUCCUGCUGAUGUCAAUUCUUUACAAUAACUGUCUCUUUUUUUCCACUGUAAAUUCAAACCAUUUGAGAAGUUGAACUGUUUUUAUCAAGUAAAAUUUCCUGAGUGUUUCCAAAGUUUGUUAUGAACUAACAAAUCAGAGCUUUUUGUGACUUUUAUUAACUUCAAUUUGUUUUAUGGACAGCAGAAAAUCAGUAAACAGAAAGCAGAAAUAAACUCCAUUUUACGGAGCAUGUAAACAGCAUGUUUCGAAGGUUGCCAUGAGUAACCCCUUAAACAUGUCACAUAACUUGAUAAGACUUCUGGGAAAUGCUGAUAAAAUCCAGUUUUAGGAGCAUUUUUGGACAUGUUUACAGUGAGUUUAAAAAAAUGUUCCCUCUAGGGAUGCUCAGAGAUUUGUGACACUGCCUUUGUCUAAUCAUCCCUCCCAAGAUGAUCAAAACAGUUCAACAACUUUCAGGGCUGAGAUUCAUCACAGUAAGUAAAAAAGCAUUCAAAGGCCAAUACAUGAGUAUUCUGAGCAAGUAAAUGCUGUCACUAUUAUGUUACUGUUGAAAUGUUAGGUUUUGUGUAAAAGGACUGGUCAUACCGAAGCAGGAAUAUUUUCCAGUUAUGAUCACAUUGUUGCUAUGUCUGCUUCAUCAUCCCCGACCCUGAUAAAGACCAUGGUGGCUAAAAAGAUGCAGCUGAAGGCUUCCAGUAAGGUAUGCCACAUCUACACUGAAAAGUUAUGGCUUAUAUUAAAUGUGAACAAAUGGGCAGGGUUGGAAAGAAAUGAAAGCUUAAAAGUUUCUGAUUCAUUUUGAAAAGUAAAAAUUUAGAGGCUCCUUUGGACAAACUUUAGGUUAAGGGUUGAAAUGAUUACACUCAGAGUGAGAGUAGACACUUCCCCUUUAAAUCAGCAGCCCUAUAAAUCACCGUCGCCCCCCCUCCUGCUACACAGCAGCAGUGUGUGGUGGUCACAACAUGCUGUGUCGCCUCACUUUGCCUUAAAAUAGAAGAUGAGUGGAGAAGAUCAAACAGGCCUGAGCGUCCUGUUACACGAAGCUAAGACACUCCCUGCAUCAUGUCAGUUAAAAAUACGCUCCUCCUAUUGAUUCCUGACCCCACUGUGUAAUGCUUUUGUGGAGAAAGACAUCAGCUGUCCCAGGUGGCCACACAGAUAAAUAUAGUUCACUAUAGUGCUGUCAAAAGACACAUCUCUGAGUAGAGUGGAAAUAAAGCUGGAUUUACCCUGAGCACACAUGUUCAGGUGCUUUCUCAAUAUGUUGUUGAUUAAACUUGAUGAAAAAAAUUUCAAGUUGAUCAAAUGAAUCCAUACAACAUCAGCAGAUUUUGAAGAGGAAUUACCCUGGUUUGAACUCACUCUUCAAGUUGUUCACAGACAAAGGCUCCUUUUGCCCUUAACUUGUUAUCUUUAUGUGCUGCAACAAUAAAAGGCCACGUGUAACACACAGUAGUGGUAGUUAUAGAGGGAGUAAUAAAAUAAUAAAAAAAGACUAGAUAUGUCCCUAACGUAGUAAAAACAUUUAUUCAUGGUCAUUUUUUUGUGUUGGAUUAGGGGACUUCUCUCAAAGUUUAUUUAGACAAUUCUGUGCUGUAGAAAAAUAAAUGUUUGAACCCUGAAAAAGAAGAGGUAAGUGGCUUUAACAUGAGAGAACAAAGCUGGUGGUUGGGGUCGGGACAUGGGGUUGUGUCAUUGGCUGGUGAUGGUCACAUGCGAUUCCUGUUGACCUGAUUAAAAAACCCUUCUAGCUAGAGGUUCCCACUAAACUGUUGACACGGACACUAAAUAAAGUGAUCAGUUUAAAACCUGCAUGCACACACAUCAAGAGUUCAGUCAGAAGAAACCCAUUUGGACAUCCACCAAAAACAUCUGAAGAAACUCUCCCCUCCAUUUUCUUUGUUAUUGAAAGAAAAACACUCACCCUUUCAUCGUACAAAAUAUUUCAUGAACUAAGAUUGAUUAAACUUAUUACUCCAUGUUACUCCUGCACUUGUCUUCUUUAGUUUUUAAUGUUGGUGUCCUCUAUGGACAGUGCAGUCUUUGCCUAGAUUCUUCUUUCCAUGCUUAAGUAGUGUCUUAUGACUAAAAAACUGUCCUCCCACUGACUUCUGACAGUCAAAGUUAUCAUUUAUCACAGAUACUUGAUGUAGGGUGUUACACCAGUUUCAGGCAUUAAAUACUGCAAUUUAGAAGUUGCCAAUCUGGUCAGAGAUGGUUUCGUUUGUUCCGUUUUAUGAAAUACAAAAGCAAUAAUAAUUUUAGUCUGUUUCAUAAAUGUGGAAAGCCUCCUCGUAGCAGCUUUAAAGCAAGGUUAGCUCUAGAAACAUAAUGGUGUGGAAGAGCAGAGCUUUUGGGAGACAGAGGUGAGGUCGUUAUUAUAAAAUUAGAACAAAAAAAGCUCCACGGUAGAAUGACCCACUUGCCUUGGUUUCUCCCUCCUGAGCUUUUGGAUGGUCAGCGGUGCAUGAAGGACCAGACGUGAGCCUUCUUGAUUUCUGGAUGGUCAUGUUACCAGCGGGUCACCGUGCCCCGGCCACAACCGUCCACAGAAGCCAAACACUCAUUACAGGAACAUCAGUCCAGCACACUGUGGGCCUCAUUAAAAUCAAAUUAAACUCUGACAGCAGGUCACUCAUGGGUAACUAAUGCAGUUACACAGAGCAAAGAAUUCCUUUAUCACAAAGUUAAUCUUGCGGUAAUUUUCUCUCUGCCAUCUUUGGCUUCAGUCUCAUGAAGCACGAGACACAUAAACAGUUGGCUGCUGUCAGCCGUUUUGUUCCAACCUCUGAGUUUCAGGACACAAACCUGCAUCACACAGUCAUCAUACAUCAUAGUAAAAACAUUGUGUCAUAGUUAUGAGGCCACUUUAGGGAUCCUGCUUAGUUUGGGUGUUGUUUUCUUCCUUUUGGACUAAAACAAUCAGAUUACUCUAAUUAGCCAGACAAUAACACUCAGGCCUCCUCCUGCAGUUUCUGUAAACAUAAACAUACCAAACAGCUCCACAGAGAUCAAAUCUUUGAUAGCACAUCUGGUUUGCCAAGCUGUUUGACCUCUGAAAGCCAACCACGUUAAAGUGCCAUCACUGAUAAUGACCCUUCAUUAGUCUGCACAAGGCAAAGCAGCAAUGAAGCAGAGCCAAGCAGUGGCUUUCAUACGUGGUACCUUCUCUGAAAGGCUUGGCUAAAAUGCUAACAAACUAACAUGCUUAUCUGAAAACAUGUUGCCAUAAUCUGUCAUGAUUGCAAACCAACAUAAGCAUGAGGACAUCAGCCAGUUUGCCAGCUCAGAGCACAGAAAAGACUUACUUUGGAAAGUUUCAAAAACAGUAAUUUUACAUCAAGUACUGUAUUAAUUUGGACAUUAUGUUUAUGGUUUGAAAGUACCUGUGUUUCUGAAAUAAAAAUAGUACCUAAAUUGCAUUUGUAUCCUUCCUAAAACUUAAAGCAUGAACCAAUGCUGGUUUUUCACAGCUGAUAAUUUACAGUUCAUGAGAUGAAAACCCAAUUUCUGGAGCCGAUAUAUGUUGACUGUAAAAUAUUUUCUUUCCAUCAAAACCUAGGAUUUGGAACUACAAUUUUUUUUAAUUGCUGGAAAGCCCAUAGCAAAUGUUUAAUCAGAGCUGAAAAUGUUGAUGUUAUGUCCAGAAGUCCAACAGCAUGGAGGCGCUACUUGGAACCUAAACAAAACCUUGACAGACUAAGAAUGGACGUAAAAAAGACAAAACUUUAUUAUUUUACAAACAAACUGUACAGAGCUCUAGAAGUUAUGGUGUUCUAUCCCUGGACUUGCAUCUCGUUAGUCUCUUGCUAACACAUUUUAAAGACUGUUCUGAUACAUUAAAUGUAAAUGGAGAGACGACUUGAUAAUUACAAGCUGAAGGGAGGCUUGUUGCCACUAUAGUGGAGAUGGAAGUGCUUCUCACAACAACUGUAUUUUUGCCCCAGAGUUCAUAAGCUGAGACAAGGACAGUAGUCCAAUUAAAUGGUUUAACUGAGCUUUGACCAUAGCUCGACUGAAGUGCAUGUAGUCAUACCGACUGAUGGUGAAGUGAAAUGAAGUGAACAGGACUUUUGAAAUCUGCACUACAACUAGUCGAGUUCAUUCAGCUUGUCACAUUCUCUUCUACACAGCAAUAACUAGGGAUGCACAAUAUUAUUGACAGGGUAUAGGUUUUUGAAGAUUGUAGCUUAAAAAGUUAAUCAUUGGUGUUGGCAGCUGUGAUGUUUUCUGCCGGUGUAAUUAUAGGCCAAAAAGGUGAUGGGUUGAUUAUUGCAUUGUGACAGUUUACUCAUGUUGGCUGCGUUGAAUAAUGAUCACUAUUUGUUUUCAAAGUUUGGUCCUACAACAAACAGACUGUCUCAAUAAGAUAAACAUUUAAAAUUUGAAACAGUCUUAACAAAGACAAAAGGUGUGUGUGUGUGUGUGUGUGUGUGUGUGUGUGUGUGUGUGUGUGUGUGUGUGUGUGUGUGUGUGUGUGUGUGUGUGUGUGUGUGUGUGUGAGUAAUGCUAUCCAAGUCAGUAUGAACCAGUCUGAAAAUACAUGUUAGAUAUCUACAAAAAUCCAAAACUGGGCAUCCCUAGCAACAGCCUUCUAUCAAGAAAUAGCAGACUGUUGCUAUGGGGUGUUGAGCAGUCAAAACACUCUAAAAGACUUAAGUACAAAAGAGACAAAGUGUGUGUUGGUUGUGUUUACAGAUUUUUUUUUAAAUAAAAGCUUUUCUGUAGUUGUAAGUAAUUCUCCCUUCGAGUGAAACCCAUUAGCUCUUGGGUACAACUGAGGAGGUCAUGUGAACAGUGCUUAUGGCAUCUGAAUGCUGCAGUGGUGAGAAUACAGCUGCUGAGUGCUUGAUUACAUGAACACGAAAUGCAUGUUGUGGUCUGUUUGAAGCAGCUCCUCUAGCCGAUGACUGAGCAAGCUAAGGGGCAAGUUGCACAAUACAGGAAAUGCAGCAGCUUAAUGAAAGGAAAAUAGAUGAGACAGAUACUGAAAAUGCAUUUUCCAGUAUUACUUCAUCCGUGCACUUUUGACCAGUACCUACUGAAAUGGUGUUUUGAAGAUUCUUUCAACAUUUCUAGGAAAAGAAGCUUGAGAGCUGCAUUUAUUUAGAGCUUUAAAAUGAACUUCACCAAACUGGGCUGACAGUUAACCAUGAUUUAAAGGGCUUAGCAGACCUGGUUGAAAGGAUUUUCAUGGGCUAAAGUACCUCUGCACCUCACUGGUAUUCAUAGUUUUGGAAUUAAACUAUCUGCAGACUUUUGCUCUUAUUUUCGGCUUGAAGGUGCAGUGUGAAGCAAACAGUGGCAUUUAUCAGAACAGACUUAGCAGAAAUGGAACAUAAUCUUCACAGGUAUGUUUCCAUUAGUGCAUUAUCACUGAGCAUGAAAACAAUGUUGCUUUUUGUAAACUUAGAAUAAGCCUUUUGUAUCUAUAUAGGAGUAGAUCCUCCUCCAAGGAGCUCACCAUCUUGCACAUCAUGUUUCUACAGUAACUUCUGGGUGAGCAAGGGAGCAUUCAAGUCCAGAAUAGGUUGCUAGGUAUCAGUAGAAAUUCCCAUUUCUUGACAUUGCAGCUUUAACUGUUGCUUUAGAGUGUCAUAAUUUUAAGUGAAUGAGGGUCUCUGAGUCAUUGAGUUUUCAGAUGUUGGAUUAAAAAAAAGCCAGUAGUUUGAGAAAGCACAUUAACAACACCUUGCAGAAGUUCAAUUUUCAGUAAGUAGUAGUCGAUAAACAUCAAACCGUAAUAAAACUGCAUCGAAUUCACCACACAUUAAUUUCCAGGUAAAUUUGUAGAUUUUAAACACAACACUUGCUAAAGGGAACCAAUUUAACAAACGUUGGUUUUCAGUUUCCAUGUGAUCUACAGUUUCUAUGAAACAAUAGUUUUUCUUUGGUGACCCACUGAACAUUGUGUCUGACAGUCAUUUAAACCAGGAGACUUGUUCCCGUACAGUUUUUGUUUUAAAGACAAUGAAGGCUCGAGAGAAGGUUGGGUUGGUUGAUGACCUUGGAAACUUGUUCCUGUCUUUUGUGUUUGGCUCUCAUAAACCAGCAGAGGAGAAAGAAGUUGUCAUAGUAGAUGCUUUCCUGCUGCAAGACAGAACAAGUGAGAGUAAACAAACUCAGGAGGUGGUCUGAAAAUAAGUGUGUAACUUGUUUUGUUGUUGAUUUUGCGAUAAAAAGAAACUGAUAGUGCGAGUCUGACAAGAUGACGUUAUUCUCCCUAUAUAUUAGCUGGUUGUUCUGUGUCCCAGCAGAGGUGUUUGUGUUGCUGUGGAGAUAGUUGUAGCCUUGGUGAGGUAAUUUCUGCCCCUCCCCUGAUGGUGGACCCUGUGGGGGUGUUACAUUUCCUGGAGGAACUGAGCAGCAAAGGGCAAGAGAACCCGGCUGUGACCUUGGGAGUGUCUGAUGUUUAAAAAAAAAAAAAAGGCAGACUCUCUCAUGAUUAAAGUACUGCCUGGAAAGAAGAGCAUGAAAAGGAGAAGUUAGUUUCUCUGAGUCAUUUGUUGAUGAGGACUAGUUCCCUUCCGUUGAUGUCUUUCUUCUCACUGUCAAACUUUAUACCCACAGAGCUCUAAACGGGACGAAUGCUCAUUUGUGGAGAGAUCCAACCUGAACACAUGCACUAAAACUCAGUAUGAAGAACUGAUCAAUCUUGUCUCUGAUAAUCUCUUUUUAUCAUGUAGGUCUGAAUAAGAGUGACACUAUUUCAAAUCUGUUCAAAACAUUUUAAAGUGUCUCUAAGGUGUAGACAGGAGGGAGCUCUUGUGUUUGUGUUCAUAAAGUAAUUUAGAAAAAGGUAUCGGUGUGCAGCCUGUUAGGGCUGUGCUAUAGAAAGAAUUUGGCAAUAACAUGCAUUGUGCAAUACAAAGGUGAUAAGGCGCUGAAAUGCAACAUAUUCAGAUACUGCAAACAGGGUGAUGCAAUUUUUCAGCUCUGAACAAACUUUUAUAUUUUAUUUAAUGCAAAAUUUGCAAAGACUUAAAGACUUUACUUUUUCAGCUAGAAAAUUUCCUAAAGGUUUCAGAGGGAUGUCAAGUGUUAACUAAAGCUGCUAUAAGGAGUUCUAGGUUUGAGUUGAUUUUGGCGCCCCACUGUGGUCAAAGAUAUACAUUUUGUCUCUUUGUUUAUUUGUCUUGUAUGUGCCAUGGUGGUACUGGUGGUAUCCUGUGCUCUUUUUCUAGUCAAAUGUGUCACUCUGUGUGAAACGAACUGUUUUCCUCAGCGUGCCGUCAGUCGUCUGGUCCGACAUCUUCCCCCUUCCAACAGUUUAAGGCAUUAAAAAUAAGAGUAUGGGGACUUUAAAUGUUGCUGAUCGUCUUGUUUGCUUUUUUAGGUCUUAAAAGGUAUCAGGAUCAGUAUUAGUGUUUCACAACCAGUCAGCGACGCCUCACAGGGCUUUAAAAAUGGGAUUCUUUGGCUUCAGAGCUGAACUUCUCUGACCGAAACAUGGAGUAAAUGAUGUAAAACAUGAGGAAGAAUAGGAUUUCUUAAUACUUCAAAACCAGUGUCUAUAAAAGGUUUACCAUGGCAGUGGCGUAAUUUCAUACUUCAAUUCUGCAACAUGAUCUGAUAGAGUAUCUUAUUCUUCAGUGACUCAGAGGGGUUGUUGGACGUCAGUCACUUCCCUUAGAGUCACAUGUCCAAAUGCUGUGUCAUCACUUUGCAUCAGUGACACACAGCAGAACAGGAUGUUCAGUUUCUCACAGGACUCAGAAUUUGAGACAGAGGGUGUUUCAUGUUGUUUUUUACGAUACGGUUUCAUUGAGCCUUAUGUUUUUAAUCAACAGGAGAUUUCCCGGCAUCUCCGUCCAAACACGCUGCGAGCGCUUUAUGGCAAAGAUAAAGUGAAGAACGCCGUCCACUGUACUGACCUCCCUGAAGACGGUGUUCUGGAGGUGGGUGCUGUCCGUCACUCACACACUGUUCCCUCCAUGUUCAGUACAACACGCCCACAUUAAUUCACCCGUGUGACUCCUCUGAUCCUGCAAAUAGGUUUCCUCAUUGUCUUCCUCUCCAUGCAUAAAUAACCACCUCACAGUCAGCCAAGAACAAAACCCCCGACUCUGUGAAGCCAGGGCUUUAGUCGAGUCUCAUGACUCUGCUCCGUGGGCCGGGGCAAACCUUAGCUCACACUGGGUUUUCAGGAGAACAAGAAGGGCAGAGGAAUUUGAAACAAAACCAUUGUUUUACUGGGAGUGGGUCUGACCCAUCGAGCGUCAUUGUUCAAGAAAACUCCUGAUCUGUUGGCUGGACAAAUGGCUCCUUGUUAAACAUUAGCCUGUGACUGACUGAGCUGCCAUUUUCCCAAGACUGGGACACAGUGGCUAAUAAAGGGCUUGUGCAGAGGAGAGUUUACACUGUGGACUUAAGUAAUACCCUUUUUCUGAUAUCAUAGAGGACUAGUAGAUAAAACCACAACCCCAGAAGAGGUUAGACACUGAGCAAACUGCUGAAAGUGUGACUUGGAUGAUUAGAAAUGAAAGAGGAAAGAUAACAUAAUGUGUUGAAAGUCUAAAAGGUAUUUCCAUGAAUUGUAGAUUAUUUAAAUCUUUAUAUUUGUUUUAAAAUUGAUGCCAUCAGCAUGUUUCCAAACAGCUGGUGCAAGGAUAAUGAAAUACUAGACGAGUUAUGUAACACUUCAAACCACCCAGAGGAACAUCUCUCAACUAAUCAGGUUAAUUUUCAACAGGUUAGUAACAUGACUGGGCAACUAGUCAUUUAAAGACCAUUACAGAGAGGACAAAUCUCUCAUUUGUAAAGAUGUCAAGACAUCACCACUUUGUGUAGGACAGAGCAAGCAAGUGAAGUCCAGAAUGAUGUUUUCAGUCUAAAAUUUGAGGAUUUCAUCAUCUGCAUUACAUAAUAUUAUCCAAAAGUACCAAGAAUCAGGAGAAAUCUCUGUACAAGAUAAACGAGGCCACGAUCUUCAUGCCCUCAGGUGGCCCUGCAUUAAAAACAGACAUGACUCAAAAUCACAUCCAGAAAUCAUCAUCUGUGAACACACAACACGUCACCACAUGAACAAAUGCAGGUUACAAUUGUACCAUGUGGAGUGGAAACCAUGUAUAAACAUGAUCAAGAGACACCAGAGUCUACUCUAGGUCAGGAGAAUUGGAUAAUAAAUCAAAAUUUGACAUUUCUUUUUGAAAUUCAUGGACGCUGCACCCUCAGCUCUAAGUAAGACCACCCUACUAGUAGUUAGUGUACAGUUCAAGAGCUCACAACCCUUGUGGUAUGGGGAUGCAGAAAUGUCUACGACAUGGGCAGCUUAAGCAACGCAGAACAAUAUGAACAGAUACAAAUACAGGUACUAGAGUAACAUGCUGCCAUCCCAACCGUGACUUUAUCAAUGGGGCAGGAAAUGUCAAACCAUAUUCUCCCGCAUUCUUCUAACUACAACAGCAUGACUCUGUAGUAUUAGAGUCCAGGUGCUUAGCUAGCCUGCCUGCAGUCCUGACUUGUCACUGAUUAAAAACAUUUGGCACUUCAUAUACCAAAAACCAACAAAGGAGACCCUGAACUGUUGGGCAGCUUAAAUCCUACAUUGGGCAAGAAUGGGACAAUAUUUAACUUAGAAAAAUCCAGCCACUGGUCUCCUCGGUUCACUACUGUUUACAGAGUGUUGUUAAACGAAGAGGUGACGCAACACAAUUGUAAACAUGUCCCUCUAACAACUCUAAAAUCAUCACAUUCAAAAUAACAUGGUAUUUUCACCAAGUUGCUCAGCUUCAAUAUUUGAUUUGUUGUUUAUUUUUAUUUUUUGUAAAAAACAAAAAAAGUUUACACAGCUCCUCAACUCUUGGAAUUGAUUUGGUUUUGGCGUUUUUACUGUGAUUUGAAUGAAAGUGUUGUUUUUUCUUCCACAGGUGCAGUAUUUCUUCAAGAUUCUGGACGGGUGAAUGGAGACAGAGACAGAAAACAUGUUACUGCACACACAAAGACUUCACAGUUGUCUCAUUUUUCCGUUUAUUGUUUCAGCCUUAUGUAGAUUAAAUAAAGUGACAAGAGCAGACUCCUGACAGGUGUUUUGAUCUUCAACAUUGAAUUAAGUAUUUUUCACACCAACUAAACAUCUUAUUACACGGGAUACUGCAUUGCGUCUGAUAUUCUCUUACUCUUUUAGACCAGCGACUUUGGUAUUGGAUUCAUAACAUUAAACCUUGAAAAAAAAAUGUACAACUGCAUAAAUAUAAAAUUCUUCCACCAUGAAAA